AUGGCCAUCAUCCCUUCCGCCUUCACCUCCCGCCCAGCCAACACAGCCAUCACGUCCACGGCCGUGGCCCUCACGUUCUCCCUUGCCUGGUUCCUCAGUGACUUCUAUGCCUGGAAAUCCUUUGGCACUGGCGGCACUCCUCCCACCUGGGCAGGCUAUUGGCGCAUGACCAAGAUCCGCAUCAAUCGAAUGCUCCUAUUUGGGAAAGACGAUCUGACCGACCCGUCGCCACUAUCGAGCUCGGGGCCGAAAUAUCUCGAGGCCGAAACUAUUCCUGCCCGACAAGGCCCCCGACCAUCCAUCAUGGCCCGCACCAUGCCCCAGCGUCAAGUUCCGUACAAGAAGGGAACCGUCGAUGCGGGCGUCGAAGCCAGAGUGAAGGCCAUGAUGGCCACCUUUGCAGCCCAAUAUCCGGACCUCCUGGACCUUCGACCCAGCAAGACUGAAGGAGGUAGCACCGAUGCCAUCUACGCGAAGCCAUCUCUCCCGACUCUCAAUGCAAAGGCGAAGAACGACAAGAUCUUGACCACGGAGAUCGCACACGCUCACCCGGCCGAGGGCAGCUUACACGUCUGGCUUGGCCAGGCAGAUGCAAAGAUUGUGGUUGAGAAGGGAUGGGGCAUGCGAUUCCCUCUCGUCUUUGUGGAUAAAGGCUGGACUAUGGUCUACGCUCCUAGGACGAUGGCGGAAGUGGAUGUUGUGGAGCACAUUGUCCAGGCGGGUAUUGCGAAUAUUACUGGUGUUGAAGUGUGA